AUGAGGUUCGUGGGCGGUAAUGACAACUUCGGAUCUCGCUGGAGGCGUGCGGUUAGAUAUCGGUCUCUGGUUCAUUGUGGUUACUUACCACUAAAGAUGAUGCAAGCUGUUACAAACAAAGUUAAUGAAGUAUGUCUGCGUUUCUGCGACAAUGGCAGAGUUGCGUCAUUGCCCCCUCCUUUGCAAGGACCCUUGUUAUCAUCUUGUGCAGUUAAAAACUCCAGGCGCUGCAUGGAAGAUCGUCAUGUCAUUCUUGAAGAUUUUCAUGCUUUCUUCAACAUUAAGGAUGCAAGUCCUGCGAGUUACUACGCUGUGUUCGAUGGUCAUGCUGGAACCGAUGCUGCUGUGUACAGUGUGAGCCAUUUGCACCAGUUUCUGGCAGAGAGCCCCUUUUACCCUACUGAUCCUGAGAAGGCAAUAAAGGAUGCCUUCUUCCGAACUGACACACUCUUUAUUGAAAAAUCAAACAAAGAGAGUUUAAAUAGUGGAACGACAGCAGUAUGUGCCUUGCUGAGACAAAAAGACAAAAAGCUAUAUGUUGCUUGGCUGGGUGACUCACAAGCUAUCUUGGUGCGAAAUGGCCAGGCAGUAAAGUUGGUGGAUCCUCAUAAACCUGAAAGACCGGAUGAAAAGAAUCGUAUUGAGUCCAUGGGAGGUAGUGUCCUGUAUUGGGGUACUUGGCGAGUGAAUGGACAACUCGCUGUUUCAAGAGCGAUCGGUGAUAUUUUGUACAAACCAUAUGUAACUGCAGAACCAGAUGUAAGGACAGUGGAUCUUCGUGGAGAUGAAGAUUUUCUGGUUUUGGCUUGUGAUGGUCUUUGGGACUUCGUAUCUCCUGAAGAAGUUGUCAGAGCUGUGUAUAAUCAGCUUCAAGUAAAUCCAGUGGCUGAUUGA